CAGAGCAGUCAGUCUUGUGAGAGAACCAACUUGCUCCGGAUCACUUCGCCAUCCUUGGUGGUGAGACAUUACUCAUACUUGCUAUUAUAACACGUGUGCGGAAUUUCGAAUCCCAUCAAACAGUCUAACAAUCAGAACUGACGACAGCGUGGUUGAUCAUCCAGUGUGCAUUAUCUUUGAGAAAAUUGCUAAUUGCCAAGAAGAUAAAGUGAGUAGAAGUGAUUGUCUGGUAAUUAGGAGUGAUUUUGCUUUCGAUGCAAUAGCGAGUACGGAGUUAAGAACCAUGCAGCUCCUCCUCAUAUCGUGCACUUUGCUGUUCUGCUGCAGUUGGGCCCAAAUCAGCAAACCCAGAUGGAAAUCCGAACCCUUGAUAAACAUUCGAGGCUUUUCUCCGCCGGCAAGCGUUGAAUUUUCCAGAAGAAGUUUCAGACAAAACACUCCCACUCCUUCCAGGAGCACUGCUUCCAGAACCACUUUGAUCAAUACUCCAGCCCAACCGGAUGCACAACUUGCCAGUGCCGUGGUAGACAUGGCCCUUGAAAUUGGCCGCAUCUCGGCAGAUCCGAACAGCCCGGCGGAGGUUUUCUCCCCGGUUAGUAUUAUGGGAGUGUUGAACAUUCUGCUGCUUGCUGCGGACGGUGUCACACGAGCUGAACUCUAUGGGGCCCUCCGGGUCAACGAUAAGACCGCUUUCGGAACGUACCAUCGGCGAGCCGCGGGGAUGUUGAAAAAUAUGCAAUCUAGUCAACCGAUAACGCUGGAUAAGCUCGCGUGGAAGGCCGAAACGUGCAUCAGCAACGAUUACGAUUAUGAAGAUGAUGGCUACCAACCGCCGGUAGUUGAUAAAAUCCACAUCCUCCGGCUGGCGAACGCCAUUUUCGCCCAGGACAACCUUGUACUCAGCCCGAAAUUCGUACAGGCUGCCGGCGACAUCUACGGUGCGUCCAGUCAACAGGUGAACUUCCGCAAUGGAGCCGCAGCUGCAUCCACCAUCAACAACUGGGUCAACAAGGCGACGAGCGGAAAAAUCCGGGAAAUUGUCAGUGGAUCAUUCUCCAGUGAAACGUCAGUGGUGAUAGCGAGUUCGCUGUACUUCAAAGCCUCCUGGCAGAACGAGUUCAUCCCGAAGAUCACCAAACCGAAGGACUUCUUCCCGGACGGAAAAGGCCGCCCGUCUGUAAAGGUGGACAUGAUGUCCCUGAUCGAGUGCCUACCCUACCACUUCGAACAGAGUAUGGGUUUCAAAAUGAUCGGACUACCGUACAGCGACAACUCCUCCACCAUGUACGUUAUGAUGCCUCAAGAUUCCACUAGGGCUAAGGUCCGCGAUCUGCAGAGUCGCCUAACAGCAGCCAAGAUCGAUUCGAUGAUCCCGAUGAUGAAACGCCGAACCGCAACCGUCAGCUUCCCUCGAAUGCAACUGGAAUCGUCCACCAAUUUGCAGAAGGCAUUCCGCCAGCUCGGAAUAAAAUCCAUUUUCAGCGCCCAGAAUAGCAAUCUCCGUAACAUGGUGGUGCCAAAAGCGCAAGGACAGCAGAACUUGUUCGUUAGCCAGAUCAACCAUAAAGUAAAUCUGAGUGUGGAUGAAAAGGGCACAGAGGGGGCCGCAGUCACGAUGACUCUCAUCGAUCGAUCUGCGUCAGCAGUUUACUUCAAUGUUAACCAGCCGUUCUUGAUCUACGUGCGGCACGAUCCCACAAGGUUGCCACUGUUUUAUGGAGCCGUUUUUGACCCAAGAGGCUAAAAAGCCUGCAGGCUGUAUUCUAUACAUCGUUAUGUUACAAUAUUGUAUGCCAAAGAGAGCACAGCUCACGACGCAUUCCUUUUCUUUUUCUUUAAUGGCAAUCAUGUCUGAACGCUGGAAGUGAACCAGUCCUGCAAACAAGCAGCCAGUAUUAUUUAUUAUUUAUUGUAAGAUUAGCACUAGAAUGGUGCUUUACGUAUGUUAUAUAUUUAUGUAAAUAAACGCAACGAAUUCUAAAGAAGAAUUUUAAAUCGAAAA